GUUGGGAAAACAGCUGUUUCCAGCUUUUUCAGAGGACGCCACCUGCGUAAUUAUGAGUAAUUCUUCACGACAGAAGAUUGCGGAAUAGCAGCAAACUGGCAGCCGAGAUUGCGUCCAAUCCCCGCGACCAAUAACCCAGGACAGCAGCCAAAGGAAUUCCACAGAACAGGGUAGGGGCAACUCGGGAACUGAGAGCUGGCGUUGCAGGAGCAAGUGAAACCAUGUCAAAGGCUGUGAAUAACAUGAGCAUGGGCGUCGUGGAACCCCAGGAGAGGAUGAAGCACCUGACCCACUGCGGCAACCUCAUCGAGGUGGACAAAAACAUGCCCGUUACGCGGUAUUAUCGCUCUGGCACCGAGAUGCUGCGCAUGGCCAAUGUUUACCAGCGGGAGGGCAACCACGAGAACGCCUUCAUCCUGUACUUGCGCUACAUGACCCUCUUCAUCGAGAAGAUCCGCCAGCAUCCGGAUUACGGCAACGUGAAGGCCGAGGUGCGCGACAUCAACAGGAAGAUUAAGGACGAGAUCAUGCCCACAACGGAAAAGCUGCGCGCCAAGCUGUUGGCUCACUACCAAAGAGAGUACGAGCAGUUCCUGGCCAGCAAGGAGGCGGAAAGGGUCAGGGAACUGGAGAGGGAGAAGGAGCGGGAGAGGGAGCGCCAGCGGCAGAGGGAGAGGGAGAAGGCGGGGUCGAGUGGCAUCCCGUCUCUUAUCCCGGCCAACCUGCACGUGCUCAUCGACGAGGGCAACCAGCCGUCGGCUCCGGAUCUGAGCCUGCUCGACCAGGUUGUCUACCCCAAUGACUUCCCCACGGGCGCCAACCGUAGUCUGCCGGGAUCGGGACUCCUGCUCCCUGCUGCAAGUGAUGCAGUCGCCGAUAAGUCAACCAACUCUAAGCCUAGCUUCGAUCGCAACCAGAAGCCGGCGUACAACCGCUCGGACUCUCUGCUGGCGGGCUCCUUGCGCCUCGUUCACGUGCCCGGGGACACCAUGGAAGUGUUCCUGAAACUGGCUCUUGCCAACACCUCGAAGAACAUCGAGACGUGCGGAGUGCUAGCGGGUCAUCUGUCCCAGAACAAGCUGUACAUCACGCACAUCAUCACGCCGCAGCAGCAGGGGACUCCGGAUAGCUGCAACACGAUGCACGAGGAGCAGAUAUUCGAUGUGCAGGACCAGAUGCAGCUGAUAACGCUGGGAUGGAUACAUACCCAUCCCACCCAGACUGCGUUUUUGUCCUCUGUUGACCUGCAUACGCACUGCUCCUAUCAGAUCAUGAUGCCCGAGGCACUGGCCAUCGUGUGUGCCCCCAAGUACAACACCACUGGUUUCUUUAUACUCACGCCACAUUAUGGAUUGGACUAUAUCGCCCAGUGUCGGCAGUCGGGCUUUCAUCCGCACCCAAACGACCCGCCGCUGUUCAUGGAGGCGCAGCACAUUCGAAUGGACAACCAGGCCAAGAUCAAAGUCAUCGACCUGCGCAGGUAGUCGCUUAAAACCAGAUCAGAACCCAGCAGAUCCAGCAAUAGCUCCAAUUUCGGGUGUCAAACAGUGAUUAACCAUGGAAAUUACAGAGAUUUAGGCAGUUAGAGAAAGAGUAACUAUUUUCGGCAAACAGAGAGAAAUGUAUUUUUGCAAGCUGUUGAUCCCCGAGGAUCGUCUACACAUCACUUUUAGCACUCGGCGGCAUUUGUUGUUGUUUAUUGCGUUCCGGCUUUUCCGUUCGUUGCAUUAUUUCACUUAAGAACCCCAAUGUGAUUUUCAAUUGUGGCUUACCCUUGCGUUCGUUACUAUCUACUAUAUAUAUUUAAUAUGUUAGGCAGAUGUCCGGGGUUCCCCGACACCCACUCUCGCCCUUACAGCUUACUGUGCAAACUAUUCGCGGCGCUCCGAAAGGAGUCGUGUCCUUCUAUGGCUUACUACUUGCAAUAACCUGUUGUUCAAAAAGGAAUCAUCAUGAUACGCUAUUAUUAAACUGUGCAUGCUUACCUAUUGUACUAAAAAGAAUAAAUAUUUAUGACUACUGGUUUAUGGUUGGCCA